AUGAACGUCGAACUGUUCGAUCAAAUCGACACAAACGGGGAUGGUUUCCUGUCCGUCAAAGAGAUCCAACAAGCACUGACCAGCCCUGAAGUUAACGACACGAUAAGAGUGCUGUUUGAGACAUUUGACGAGAACGAAGAUGGCCUCAUUUCUCGAGACGAAGCAAUGAAGAAACUAGUACAGAUACCUGCGGGAAAGGAAAAGCUGAUCGAGCAUUUCAACGCAAUAGACGUGAACGGCGAUGGAGUCUUGACGUAUGAAGAGUUUUAUGAAGGCAUGAAGGACCAGAUGCCGCCAGAUGAGAUCGAGCGAGUCUAUCAUCAACUCGACAAGGACAACGAUGAGUGCAUCACGUUGGACGAGUUCAUCAUGUCUCAGAUCAUGAUGUGUCAUAGUAACCUCAAGUCCUCCCAAGUCAACAUAGAUCGCAGCACUGCCUGCUUGACCGAGGUCAUGCAAAACCUCCGCCGAGGCGACAAGAUGGGCGCUUGCAUGAAGAUGCUUCAAGAUGCUCGGAAGCGACAGCUGAUGACGACGUGGCCGUCCAAGAAGGCCCUGUACAAGAAGACGCCGCUGAGCGAGUACAAGACCAAGGUGCAGGAGAUCUACGAGUUCUACUCCAACGGCCAAGACUUCCUCGACAAAGCGGGGGUGAUCGAGGCGCUGGGCAAGUUUGGCAAGCAUGUGGACGACACGCAGCUGAGCAAGCUUCUUGCUCAAGUCGGGAGCGAGGGCGAUGCCGGCAUUGACAGGGAGCAUUUCGUGCUCAUCACUUACAAGCUCCUUGCAAAGUCAGUCAAGUCGAAAGCCGAGCAGCGACUGGCGGCAUUAUCCAAACCCAAGAACAAGACCGGAGAGCUCACCGUCGAAGACCAUCUGGAGGAGAUGGAAGCUCAAGCCAAGCAGUCCGAGGCUCAGGACAAGCCGAAGAAGUCAGACUCCAAGGGCGCAGGGAAGCUUGUGAGGAGGGCAUCGAUAUCCGGAGUUGAGAAAGUAGCCAAAAAGACUUCUGCUGAGCCGAAGAUACAACGAACCUCGUCGUCAGCUGGACUAGCCAAGAAAGCCCCUCCCAAUUUACAACGAAGUCAUUCUGUCCCACAGAUCGUGACCUGCCCGAUCCGGUUCGAGUUUGACCGCCUAGACUGCAACGGCGAUGGGACGCUGUCGCACGAUGAGCUGUUUGAAGGGCUCAAGCACAGGAUGGAGCAGGAUGAGCUUGCCGAGCUUUUUGACUUCAUGGAUAGCAACGGAGACGGGAUGAUAACGUUUGAGGAGUUCUAUGAAGCGAAGAAGAAGAUCGCAGAGAAGAAGCCUCAUCUAGCGUUUUGA